AUGUGUUUUUAUGGUGAAACAACACCGUCACGAAAUUUAUCAAGAUAUAUAAGAAGUGUGGAGUAUAUUUUGAAAUGUUAUCGUGAUCAACAGAUAAAAAAGCCAUUGAUUGUUAAUACUUUAGGAUGGAAUGAAGGAUUAGGUGUUCAUAUAAUUGUGGAUUUGAUUCAUAUGAUACAGCCAUCAAUUAUAAUCCAAUUACGAUGUGAAUAUAAUUAUAACAAUUUCCCUAUUUUAACUCAUGAAUAUCUAUCUCACACUCCUGGAUGGCUUUACAAUACUGACAGAUCACUGACAAUCAAAUCUAACCAGUUUCAGGAGCAGAAUUUAUUAGUCAUUGACUCAGAUGUACCCACAAAACAUAAAACUGAAUUUAAAGCAGCUCAUAUGCGAGAAUUAUCUUUGCUUGCUUAUCUGAAUCAAAAUCUUAAAAUUGGGUGGAAACUUUUCCAUGUAGAACCAUACGCGAUUGACUUUAACCAAGUGGCUGUUCAUGAUUGUCAGAGUUGUGGUAGUUACUCACAAAUUCUGUAUGCUUUAAAUGCUUCUGUUGUUGGAUUAUGUGAAGCAGACUUGACAAAGGUGGACAAAAGACUAGAAAAUGGGCUAAGAUUGUUCAAAGAAACUCCAAUCUUUAACUGUGUAGGUUUAGGAAUUGUGCGCGCAAUUGACAUUAAGAAAAAAUGUUUGUAUAUCAUAUGUCCUAUUCCACAAGAAAAGCUUUUGAAUGUAAAUCUUCUAGUAAAAGGUGCUAUACACCUACCCGACACAAUGUACCUAGAAUAUGAAAAAUCUGAAGAAACAUUAGAAAUGCCAUAUAUAGGAUAUUUACCAAAAUCUCUAGGCUCUAAAGCUCUUGUUGUGCGAAAUAAAAUGCCAAGAAAACAAUAUUUAAAUAACAAAAGUUAA